UGACCAUAAUCCCGAGAGAGAGAGAGAGAGAGAGAGAGAGAGAGAGAGAAGGUGAGCGGAAGAAAAGUCCGACUUUCCUCUCUCCUUCCUCCUGAAGAAAACCCACAUAUAUAGAACCCACAACUGGGUCUUAUUUUGCAGCUCACCUCCUCCUCAUUUGAGCUAAACAAAACUCUUCUCUAUAUUCAUCUCUUCACCAAACGAUAGAAACUAACAAGACUUCAACUCAUUAGCUGUCCCUUACUCUUUCCAUCACAAGUACUACCGCUCAUAGGACUUGGGUAUGUGCAAAGGUUCAAAGGGUGAUUCUUUCUCUUCAAAUCCGAUCAUGGAAGACAAAUCUUACAGCCAGAAAGACAAUUUCUUGCAUGAAUGCUCAAUUUUGCUCGAAUUGUCUGCCUCUGAUGAUCUUGCUGGGUUCAAAACUGAGGUUGAACAGAAGGGUUUGGAUAUAGAUGGGGCAAACUAUUGGUAUGGUAAAAGAAUUGGGUCGAAAAAGAUGGGUUUCGAAGAGAGGACACCCCUUAUGAUUGCUGCCAUGUUUGGAAGCACUCAUGUUUUGAAGUAUAUUAUUGAUACUGGCAAGGUCAACGUCAACAGGGGGUGUGGCUCGGAUAAGGUCACUGCCCUUCACUGCGCUGUUGCUGGCUGUGCUGCUUCAUCAGUUGGGAUUGUCAAGCUCUUGCUUGACGCGUCUGCUGAUCCUAACAGUGCUGAUGCUAACGGAAAUAAACCUGGUGAUCUAUUUUCCACUUCAUCCAAGUGUAUGUGCAAUUCAAGGAAGAAGUUGAUUGAGUUGUUGCUAAAAGGCCAAAACUUAAGUGAAGAUGAAGAAGAGAAACUGAUCAUAAUGCCUCAGUUGGCAAAAGAAGGAACUGAAAAGAAAGAGUAUCCUCUUGAUGUGACAUUGCCUGACAUAAACAAUGGAAUAUAUGGCACCGAUGAGUUUAGAAUGUACUCCUUCAAGGUCAAGCCUUGCUCCAGGGCAUACUCUCAUGAUUGGACUGAGUGCCCGUUUGUCCAUCCAGGAGAGAAUGCCAGGAGGAGAGACCCAAUGAAGUACCCUUACAGCUGUGUCCCUUGCCCUGAAUUUCGUAAGGGAACAUGCCAGAAGGGUGAUUCUUGUGAAUAUGCACAUGGUGUUUUUGAGUCAUGGCUUCAUCCUGCCCAGUAUCGAACCCGGCUUUGCAAGGAUGAAACUGGUUGCGCACGAAAAGUUUGUUUCUUUGCACACAAACCUGAGGAACUGCGCCCUGUGUAUGCUUCUACAGGUUCAGCAAUGCCUUCACCGAGGUCGAAUUCUAGUGCAGUGGACAUGACAACUUUGAGCCCGUUGGCCCUUGGAUCAUCACCUUUGCCGUUGCCUGCGACAUCAACUCCACCAAUGUCUCCCUUGGCUGUAGCCUCUUCAUCUCCCAAGAGCGGAGGCUUGUGGCAGAACAAAGUUAGCCAAACCCCACCAGCUUUGCAGCUCCCAGGAAGUAGGCUAAAGACUGCUUUCUGUGCUAGAGAUUUGAAUUUGGAGAUGGAAUUGCUUGGGCUGGAAAGUUACUCAAGCCAACUCCAGCAACAGCAACAGCAACUAAGGGAUGAGAUGUCUUGUCUCUCCUCACCAUCUCACUGGAGCAAUAGGAUUGCGGAUUUGAAACCUACCAACCGUGAUGAUGUUUUUGGAUCUCUCGAUUCUUCUCUAAUGUCGCCGCUGCAGGGAGUUUCAUUAAAUGCUAGCGCACAAACUCAGUUACAGUCUCCUAAUGGGAUGCAGAUCCGCCAGAACAUGAACCAACUUCGUUCAAGCUACCCAGCCGCCAGUCUCUCAUCUUCUCCAGCUAGGAACCCUAUUUCAUAUGGGUUCGAUACAUCUGCCGCAGUGGCAGCUGCUGUAAUGAAUUCAAGGUCCUCUGCAUUUGCAAAGAGGAGCCAGAGUUUCAUUGACCGUGGUGCAGUACCCAACCGUCUUGGCUUCACUGCAGCUGCUAACACUAUAUCCAUGAUGCCCUCCAACCUUCCUGACUGGAGCUCCCCUAAUGGGAAACUGGAUUGGGGCAUUCAAGGAGAUGAACUGAACAAGCUCAAGAAGUCUGCUUCCUUUGGAUUUCGAAGCAACAAUAAUCCUGCUGCGACAACAGCUGCUAACGUGACAGCUUCACAUGUUGGUGAGCCAGAUGUUUCUUGGGUUAAUUCGUUGGUUAAAGAUGCCCCCCCUGCUGGAAGCACAUUUUUUGGUGCUGAGAAGCAAUACAGUCUUGGUAAAGGAGUUCGUGAAUCGCUGCCACCAUGGAUGGAGCAGAUUUACAUAGAACAGGAGCAGAUGGUGGCAUAGACCUCAAUGCUCUUAGCUUAUUAUGCUGACACAAGUGUAUUUAAGUUUAGGAGAAGCAAAGUUGAUGCUAAAGCAAGCUGCAAAUCGAAAGCAAAAAUUACGAGCUGCAAGUAUGCUCAUCAUUGACUGACCAAGUGAGAAUUAGGAUAAAUAUUAGGUGGAACAAGGAGAAAUUUUUUUAAUUAUUUGAUAUCCUCAUUAUUUCUUUUUCUCCCCCUCUGGGAGAGUGUACUUUAUAUUUCAGUACUAUGAAGACAGUUAACGUAUUAUUUUCUCGUA